UGCAAAGUGACAACACGGCCUCUGCAUUCACUACAAAUUCGAACACUAGAGGAGAAGUAUUGAUGCAACGGGUGGCAAAGGCCCCCGUGGGGGCGACAGGCGGCUUUAUCGAUAUGGGCCCGGCUAUCCUGGUAUCGGGCUACCUUGCCAAGCGAACGCGGAGUCUCGGCCGCUGGAAAAAGCGAUGGUGGCAACUCACGGAUGACGGGACGCUCCUUUACUUCAAGAACGAGGAGCGCACAAGACUACUGGGAGAGAUCGACGUCGCGCGGUCGUGUUACGAAGUGAAGCUCGGCGCUGAUCAAUGCAAAGUAAAUUUCCCCGGCGCUGUCCCGGCUUGCUGUUGUUUCUCUUUCUCCGUGCUGAAGCGGACCUACUACAUGUAUGCAGCGACGGCUGCAGAUGCAAAGCGCUGGGUUGAAAGUAUUUCUAGCGUCUCCGUGGUGCUCAACUACAAGAAGAAGCGAAGACAUGCUCCCGAUCCGCCGCAACGGCCCGCCAGUACUCCCUGCAUUCGACCGAAGGAUGUCCCGCAGAGUUACGACGCGACGGCUGAGGAACAGAGAAAGGCGCGAGAGAAGCGAAGUUACUCGUCACCGGGCCCGCGCUUGCCGAAAGUACACGCGAGUCUUAGCGGCGACGUUACGUAUACUCCCGUGGGUCUAGCAGCAGAGGCGGCGGACAAGCCCACGGAGCUUCCCCGCUUCGCUAAGCAAGGAAGGGGAAAAGUCAAUCGAGCGCCCGGAGUCGCGCCGCCCUCCUCUGGAAAAAGUCGAUAUGGAUCUGCACCCAAUCUUUUCUUCGGCACUGGCCUCAACCCUCCGAAAGGAAAACGACCACCGCCCCCCCACAAUCGUCAAGCAGCGAACGCCCGACUGUGGCUGGACGGCAGUCCUCAACCCAAUUUUCGCGCGGCGGCAGCAACAAGAAAAACUCGCCGCCCACCCGGACCGCCGCAGCCCGCUGUCGCCGGGCACUACGCAGUUACUCAGCACCCGCGGCCGCACUACGGUGCAGGCGGAGGAAGUCUCGAUCGCCUGCAGGUGAAGAAACAGCGCACACCGGCUCACGCGGGCCAGCAGCAGCUCAUUACCACCAGAUGGCCCGUAGACAUGGACGGCUACGAGCUUCCACCGCGACCCCAAUCCGUAGACGUUUCAGCCUUCACACAACCAAAGAAAAGAACCGCAGUUCCCCCUCAGCGACGCCUGCAGAUCAUUCCCCAACUCCCGGCAACCCAACCCCCUAAGUCCAUGUCCUCGAGUCUUGGAGAUCUCACUAAGUUGGAGCCAACGAGUGCAGUUGCCCCACCACCACCUCUCAAACCGAAACCAAUCCUCAAGAAAUCCAGAGCAGUACAGAGCCCGGAGAUUACCACAGAGCUAUCGACCAUCCCAGAUGCAGCAGGGCCGGGUAAUAAAGUCGUUCCACCAGCAAUACCACCAAAACACCCCCGUAUGAAGGUGUCUGUGAACUCUGACAGCGGGCAGAGGAGCGUUUUUCUCCCCCCGCCACCAAAUUUCAAGCCGCCUCUUCCACCGGAGCUCCGUUCGGACACUAGCUCACUUUCUGUAAGCAGCAGCAAUACCACUGGAUCAACUAUUGGAGUCACUCGAACAACAGCAAAUUCACAGAAUAACGGCAACAGCUCGGGUCACUGGUACAACAAUCCCAACAUUUUCAUUAGACAGCUUACAAUGGAGAUAAAGAGAAUCGGUAUGUUUCAGAUGGACGGGUCAAUGUGCACCACUUUUCGAAAACUUCAGAAAGAGACCGAAGGAGUUUUCCCUGAUCUGAUUGGGGUGCUGAUUCUAGCUCGAAGAUAUAAGAUUGUAAAUUUCACUGGAUCAACACUUGUUGAAGGGAGAGACGAUGGAAAACUUAUAACACUACACAGGGAUAUUAGAUAGUGGAGUAAAAGUUAACAAUCCAUAGAGGAAAUUUCUUAGCUGGGCCAGUGUGUGUGUGUAUGUGUGUUUAGGACUAAGGAUGUUUUGUGUGCAACAUCAUGCC